GCAGCUGCUCUUCCAGCCGCCUUCCACCUUGUUGACACCGUCGCGACACACGACCGGUCAAUGAAGCGCAGUUGAUAAGAAUUGCAUUCUACAAGCUGCUAACUUACCCUCGUCACCAUGCAAGUAGCGGAAAUCCUCUCCGAUCUCACGUCGCUGCGCGUCUGUGAUUACAACGAUGCUCUGGCACUCGUGACCAUUCAAGAGAGAUUGGAAUCUCGCCCCGAAGAGAUACAAUCACAGCCCAGCAACAGGGAAGAAACACCGGCUAUACAGACGGAACAGGACCAGCUCCGUCAAGCAAAGGAGUUAGUGGAGCUGCAUCACGAUGUCAAGGCCAGGCAUGCUUUUGGGACCGUGGAUGAAGAGCUAGCUAAGCUGAGGGAAGAUGUCCGACGGGUCUUGCUGGAGCUAAAGCCCCGUGCAGCGGUACCAGAAUGAAAGCACACAUAUCAAAUCAUCAACGUCUUACGUGGGGCUGUC